UAGAACUGACGGCAUUUUUAGCAAGAAUCACGAAAAACUGUUCAAAAUGACGUGCGAAAAUAGAAUAAAAAGUAAAAUUUUGGCGUGAAAAAAUAACAACAAACACCGCACAUAGCCUACCACAAAGUGAAAAUUCAAGCGUUGGCAAUUGAAUAACACGAAAAACAACAACAAAGCGCGGCAAGCGAGUUUUAUAUUAGUAUUUUUAUUAAAAACGGCUAACACCUCUCAUAAUUCUCGGUGCUUGGCCGUGCGCGCGUACACAUAACGUUGGCCAAAUCGCUCGAAUGCGCACGUUAUGUAAGCAGGACUUUUUGGACACUUUCGAAACGCGAAAAAAAUCAAAUUUAAAUGCAAAUAAAAAAUAUUUAUUGUAAAUAAAGCAUUUACAAUGGCGAAAAACACGAAAAUUUUUAUACAAGCUUAUGAAAAAUUAUGAAAAUUCAAGCAGUGUAAUACUUUAACGAAUAUUAAAUGCAAACGAAAUCGCGAAAACGCGUCAACUCACCAAAACAAACUACGACAAUCAAGCGAAUAUGUUGAUAUUUUAAUAAAAAAAAUAUAAAUAAAAUAAUAAAUUAACGGUUUUUAUACAAAUGUAUACAUAUGCAUGUGUGUGCCAUGAGUUAUGGCCAUAAAAAAUUGUGCAAUUAUUUAUGACUAAUGCGAAAAUGCACAACAACUGCAAUAAUAACGAGCAAAACCAAUUAAUAUAAUAAUAAUAACUUCAGCGCAGACGUUUUUGAUGUGAAUUGUUGCAACAAAAAUAAGCCAGUUCAUUCGUAAACAAUAAUAAACUGCGACGUUGCACGCGCCGCGUAAGCGUCAAUGUCAGUACUUGCGUAUAAUGUACAUAUGUAUGUAUAUAAGUAUAUACAUACGCUAGGUGUGAAAGUGCCCCAGAAGCAGCGCAAAUAUACGGAAAAGAAAAUUGAAAUUGUAAAAUAGCUGUAAAUAUAUAUAAAUCGAGCAGUGCUAAAAAAAUAGCAGCAGCACGCGUGCUGCACGCAUAAACAUUAAUUAACACAUACAAGCAAAUUGAUGUGAAAAAAAUUGCAAAAAAUCAAUGCAAAAAAUGCUUUGAUUAGUUUAAUUUACGGUCCUCAGAACUAAAAAAUAAUAACGAGAACAACAUGCAUCACAUACAAACGUCGCUGCAAAAAAUCGCGCUCAACCUCCAGCAGCUGCUCAAUGCGCUACACAGCACCAUCGUAACCACACAGGAUACAUGCGAACGCGUCGAGUUUUACGACUUUGCACUGACCUCGCCAGAACAGGAAAUUUGUGGACUAGCAGAUGCACCACGCUGGAGGCGACUACAUGCACUCUACACACACUAUUAUACACUCCUUCUACACCAUAUGUGGCCUACGCUGCUGCUAGCGCUGCAGCAUUGUCAAGACAUCUAUCACAUCACACUGGACUAUGGCAUCGAUUAUGGCACGCGCUUGGCGCAUUGGACCACACUACUCGCCAACGAUCAAGUAUUCAUGUUCGCCAUCAAAGUUUGUUUGUUAUUGCUCUUCCUUUUUCUCAUGCAUUGGAUAAAAUCGGCCAAAGCGCCAGCAGCUCCAACGGCCACAAAAACAAUUGUGGGUACGACGGGAGCAGUUAUGACGAAUUUACCGCUUGUAAUGGCGGAAAAUCGCAUUGAAGAGCUGGCACCAGAUGUCAAAGUGAGUAGAGCUUCAUUCUCAAUCGACACGCCCACAACGCCGACAACUUGUAUAACACCCGCUGUGACACGUGAUUUAGUUUGUGAUUUCAAUUUUGUGUCGCCGUCAGAGUUGCGUGCUGCGCUUGAGGCUGCAAACCAGCGCAUGCUUGAGAUUGAGGAAAAGCGUCGCCGCAAACGCAUAACUAAGAAACGGAAAUGCGUUUCGGCGGGUCCCAUUUUGAUUGCGAUACGUUCGAAAAAGACACACAAGCAGAAAAAGGCGCAGGAAAAGCUGGAGCUGAAGCAACAAAAAUUAAUACAUAAGCAACAACUAGAGCUCUUGACGCCGCCAAAUACAUCGCCAGCACGUGCCAGUUAUUUGAUGGCGAAUGAAGAUGAGAACUUUUUGCCCGUGCGCAUGGAACCGUUGACUAUUGGUGGCGCUGCCUAUGAAAUCGAGGUGGAUGCGGAAACGGAAGCGGAAAUUAUUGCUCUGAUUUCCGAACCUCGUGGCACAAUGAGCACCACCGACGAUGUCUUUCCCGAUUCGCCGGAUAGCAGUUUAUACGGUUCAGAAGAGGAGCAAGAGGAUCCAUUACAGUAUUGUCGUGGUGGUUAUCAUCCAGUUAUAAUUGGCGAUAUAUUUGACAAUCGUUUUCGUGUUGUACGCAAACUUGGUUGGGGACAUUUCUCUACGGUUUGGCUAUGCAGAGAUCUCAAGGAUGAGAAAUACGUCGCACUGAAGGUAGUAAAGAGUGCUCCGCAUUAUAUCGAAACGGCCGCCGAUGAGAUACGUCUACUCGAAGCCGUACGCGAUGCAGAUCCGUUAGAUAUGCGACGAGAGCGCAUCGUACGACUGCUAAACCAUUUUACGAUACGUGGCGUUAAUGGCAAACAUUAUUGUUUGGUUUUUGAAGCGCUCGGUUGCAGUUUAUAUAAGUUAAUUGUAAAGAAUAACUAUCAGGGUUUGGCCAUAAGUCAAGUGCGCAACAUUAUCAAACAAGUAUUGGAGGGUCUGGAUUAUUUGCACACAAAAUGUAGUAUUAUACAUACGGAUAUUAAGCCUGAGAACAUAUUAUUAGUGAUCGAUAAUGAGUCAGUGGUGAAUCAGCAAAUUGACGAUGAAAUCGCUAGUUUACGCGUGAAGGGUGCGGACUUUCCGGAUUCAUAUAUUAGUUCCAUUGAAAAGCAAGCGAAGAGUCGCAGUAAAUGGUCAAUGACCGAUAUGAAUAUUUCAACAACAAACAGCACGGGUACGGGCAAUAAUUCCUCCGCGUCAUCCACGCCGUUGCCAACAACUACCGUUGCAACUGCAGCAAUGACAGCUGCGGCGAUAACGGCACUUAGCAAGGAUGACAGCAAUGCAACAUUUAAUACGAAUACGACUGCAUCAUCGUUGGCGUCUAAAUAUUCAGCCACUUUGUUAGGUGAAAAUGAUGGUGUAGGUGGCGGACGCGCUGGCACAGAGAGCCCUUCAAUAGGCGGUGGUACACCUUAUGCGACAACCGGCAAUAUAAAUAAUCGCUAUCGAGCCGAGAAGAAAAUCACUGCCAAGUCGAUCGAUGGUGACGGCAAUAUUGGUGACAUGAUAAGCACAACAUCAACAACUACUACUACUACUACAACAACAACAACUACCACCGAAGCAAUCAAUGGCAUCGAAAUAUUAAGUUUAUUAAGUACAAAAAGCGAAAAUAUCGACGUUAAUAAUGCGUUGUCUCAAAUUACUCUAAACACCCAAGCACAAGCACCACACAAUGAACAACAACUACAACAGCAAAAACAACAGAUACUACCAUCACUCACGUCACAAGCACCAUCACUAGCUUUACCAACACAAGCACAAUCAYUAAUACAACAACAACAACAACAAGCAACAUCACAAAAUAACAACGAAGAUGUUAAAAAUAGCAAAAAUGCCGCUACCGAAAAGACCCAGUCCUAUACAAAUGCCAUACAAGCGUUGAUCAACAACACCAAUGUACGCGUUAAAAUUGCUGAUUUGGGCAAUGCCUGCUAUGACUAUCAUCAUUUCACUGAUGAUAUACAAACGCGACAAUAUCGCUCCAUAGAGGUAUUGCUUGGCGCACCGUACACUUUCUCCGCUGACAUUUGGAGUACAGCUUGUCUUGCCUUCGAACUGGCGACCGGUGAUUAUCUCUUUGAUCCGCAUAUGGGCGAGACUUACUCACGCGAUGAAGAUCAUUUGGCGCACAUAAUUGAAUUACUAGGCGUCAUACCGCCUUCCGUGAUAUUUCGCGGCAGACAUGGACUUAAAUUCUUCACUAGUUAUGGCAGCUUGCGUAACAUUACGAAAUUGAAACCGUGGAGUCUAUUGAACGUACUCAUCGAAAAAUAUGAUUGGGAUCCCAUAGAGGCUAAAAAAUUCUCUGAUUUUUUACUACCGAUGCUCGAAUACAAUCCCGUAAUACGCGCCUCAGCGGCCGAAUGCCUAAAUCAUCCAUGGCUGGAGCAGGAGGAAUUCGUUUGAAAUGUGACCCUACUCAUUUCACUAGUUGACUGAUUACCUAGCUGAAACGAACGCAAAUACGCACACAGUAGUUGUUGACGGCAGCAGAGAGCGCAAACUAACUUUGGCGUUAGCCAAUUUAGCUGCAGACAUGAACGAGAGAGGCUCACACUUUCUCACAUUAUUAUUUAAAUGUUAAGACUUUGCAUACAAAAAAAAAAAAAAAAAUAUAUAUAUAUACA